GGGCAUCUCAGGUCAAACGACAACGACUACCGGUUCAAGAACAUCGGCCCGAUCAGGAGAAAGCCCGCGGAGAACCAGCGGUGAUCUUGAUCUACCAGGAGGCUGUCAAGUUUCCAGGUUUGGGAACGCACUGGAGGCAGGCGCCGCUGAGCAGGCCUCAGGCGAAGGCGCACGUGGAGAGAGGAGUUAGGAGCGUGAAGGAAGGCUUCUACGCGGUGUGGCUCGACCUGGAGUCGUCGCUCGGCUGCAGGAUCGCGCUGGAAGCCCCUCUGUUUGAAUUUGCCAUUCAGUAUGAUGGCCCUGAGAGGCCUGAAGACGUUCCAGAAUCGCCGAUGAUUGCUCCUGAGGAGCCUGUGCCAUUGGAAGGGCCAGGUGAAGGAGAAAUGGAUUUGGAUGAUGAGUCCAUGUACGAGCCAUCUGAGAGUGGCGGAAUGCAAAUUGAUGAUGGCGAUCUGGAAGACAUGCUGAUUGAGAGCUUGCAUCGACAACUGUAUUUGGAAUUCAUGAGUGACGAGCGACUAAGGUUCAUCGAGGGCAUGCCAUCUGUGACCAUGGACACGGCUGUUUCGUGGUUUGAGGUCAUGUUUGGAGGUGAACAGGUUGUGGUUCUCGUGCCUGAUGGGGUUGUGGAUGAAAUGACCAAUGAGAAACUGCAACAUGAACAGGUACAUGAGGGCAUGAAAACCGAAGUAGAAUCACUGGAGAAGCUGCGUGUGGGACAAGUGGUGGACGAGAAGACCGCCAAACGUCUUGCAGCAGAAGCCGGAGUGAAGAUCCUUGGCAGCAGAUGGGUGAUAUCGCAGAAAACGCCCGAAAUUGUUAGGUGCCGGCUUGUAGUGAAGGAUUUUCGAACCUACGGCGGCCCGGCCUUGCUAGAGGGGAUUUACAGCCCCACCUCGACGGUGGAAGCACUGAGGUUCGUUCUUGCAUAUGGGGCCGAAUACAAGUGUCAUUUUUCUGGCCUGGAUGUGAGCACGGCGUUCAUGUAUGCACCGCUGAAAGAGGGCGAAAGGGCUGGUCCGAUCUGCCUAGGUUUGGAGACGGAGUACUUGGAGGGCGUGAUCCGCAGCUUCGGAGAGCGCCUCAAGCCGAACGAGACACUGCCUGAUCUGGAGCGGCUCUACGACAAGGAGAGCAAGAAGUACCAAGGCAAGGACAAGAGUGUACAGGAAGGUGCUAGGGCAACUUGCUUGGGCAUCAAUCACCCGUAG